AUGGUAUACGCGGAUAAGGGAAAAGGGGCAAAGCGGAGUUUCUUCACGCUCGAACCCUGGAUGUUAGCCACCAUGACCAUCAAGCCUCGCGUAGAAGACUUGCACCUCCCCACGGAUGCUCUGAUCAUAUCCGCUGUAGUAGGGGAUUAUCACAUGAGAAGGAUCCUUGUAGAUACCGGUAGUUCAGAAGACAUUAUCUAUGAGCACUGUUUCAAUAGAAUGCAACCAAAAGACAAAAGGCUGUUUGAGUCGGUGCACGCCCCCAUUAAAGGUUUCACAGGAGAAAAGGUUGACCCUAUUGGUCAGAUUACCUUUCCAGUCACAUUCGGACAAGUGCCCCGAGAAAGGACCAUACUCCUAACAUUCCUUGUGGUACAUGCUGAGUCAUACCACAAUGUGAUCAUUGGAAGGUUCACCCUAGGAAAAUUGGACGCUAUAGUCUCCACGGCGCGGGGUUUCAUGAAGUUUCCUACCCCGUGGGGUGUUGCAACGGUGUGUCGUGACAAACUAAGGGAGGUAUUGAACACCAAAAGAUGUCGCCAAGGACCUACCGGGGCCAUCGGCCCGGAAAGAUGGGUAUUAAGCACACGCCAUCCGGAUCAGACAGUUACGAUAGGAGACAGCCUCUCCCUUGAGGUUAAAAACGAUUUGAAACAACUGCUGAGAAGGAAUGUAGAUAUUUUUGCUUUCGAACAUUCCGACAUGACGGGAAUACCCCGCGAUAAGGCAGAGCACAAGCUAGCAACACUCCCCGGUAUUAAGCCAGUCGCGCAGGGUAAGCGUAGUAUGGCUCUGUAUCGAAAGGCAGCGGUUGUCAGAGAGGUACGAAAGUUGGUGGAAGUUGGAAUCCUCAGAGAAACACAGUAUCAUACAUGGGUAUCAAACCCUGUGAUGGUAAAGAAACCCGACGGCACAUGGCGGAUGUGCAUUGAUUUCAAAGACCUGAACAAAGCAUGCCCCAAAGACGCGUACCCACUGCCCGAGAUGGACUUCAAGGUUGACUCCCUGGUCCCUUAUAGGUAUAAGUGCUUUUUAGACGCCUAUAAAGGGUAUCACCAGAUCAAGAUGUCCAAAGAAGACGAAGAAAAAAUGGCGUUUCACACCGACGUAGGCAUCUUUUGUUACACUAAGAUGCCUUUCGGCUUACGAAACGCCGGGGCCACUUACCAGCGACUCAUGGAUAAAGCCUUCGAAACACAAAUCGGCAGAAAUUUAGAAGUAUAUGUUGAUGAUCUGGUGAUCAAGAGUAGGGAAGAAAACAAAUGCUGGAAGACAUUGAAGAAACUUUCCAAAGGCUCAGAGAAUACAAUAUCAAACUCAACCCCAAGAAAUGAUCUUUCGGGGUAG